UUUGUAAAAAUAAAGCGAUAUUUUGUGACUUUUUAUGAUUGAUUAGUUAGAGUUUGCCAUAAAUGACAACACGUGUUGUAUUUGAUUAAAUUGAUGUUAAAGAUGGCUGAAUGGGAUCUAACCGCACGUCUCGGCAAAUAUCUGGACAAACAUAUGGUUUUCCCUUUACUCGAGUUCUUAUCAGUUAAAGAGAUCUAUAAUGAGAAAGAGAUACUCGAAGGGAAGAUGGAGUUGUUGUCCAACACCAAUAUGAUUGACUUCGUCAUUGACAUUCACGCCCGACUCAACCUCAAUGAAAAGGGAGAACCGCCCGAAACACCCGAUGCGCUAAAGGAUAGACGUCAAGAGGUUGUAUCUCAACUCAGACAACUUCAGAGUCAAACGGAACCUGUUUUGGCAAUUUUGGCCGAACCUGAAGUCUCAGCUGAGAUACAGAAGGCUAGAGACAGUCGACAAUUGUUGGACUAUUUGCAGACCAAUUAUGACUUUAAGCCGGAAAUGUCAACUUAUUUAUAUAAUUUUGCGAAAUUUCAAUACGAAUGCGGUAACUAUUCGGGUGCCUCUCAGUAUCUGUCAUCACAUAGAGUACUGAUUACACCAAAUGACAAGAAUUAUCUCAACAAUUUGUGGGGCAAAUUGGCCGCAGAGAUACUUAUGCAACAAUGGGAGUCAGCAUUGGAGGACCUAAACCGGCUUAAGGAGCACAUCGAUACCACUAAUUUCACGUCUUCAUUACAGGCUCUUCAACAGAGGACAUGGCUUAUCCACUGGAGUUUGUUUGUCUUCUUUAAUCAUCCUCAGGGACGGGAAUUGCUUAUUGAAAUGUUUUUUGAAAAGAAGGGACAAUAUAUGAAACAACAGCCCUAUUUGAAUGCUAUUCAAACUAUGUGUCCACACAUUUUGCGUUAUCUAACAACUGCUGUCAUUACUCACAGACAACGCAGACAAUACAUGAAAGACUUGGUUCGUGUUAUACAACAAGAGUCUUACACUUAUAGGGAUCCGAUUACUGAAUUCGUUGAGUGUCUGUACGUUAACUUUGACUUCGAUGGCGCUCAGAAAAAGUUAAGAGAAUGUGAGACAGUAUUAGAAAAUGACUUCUUUUUGGUCGCCUGUUUGGAUGAUUUCAUUGAAAACGCAAGACUUUUCAUAUUUGAAACUUUCUGUCAAAUACACGAAUGUAUAUCCAUUAGUAUGUUAGCCGACAAACUGAAUAUGACUGCCGAAGAGGCUGAGCGUUGGAUUGUUAACCUUAUCCGUAACGCACAGCUGGACGCAAAAAUUGACUCUAAGUUAGGACAUGUAGUGAUGGGCACACAGGCUGUCUCACAGUACCAACAGUUAAUUGAAAAGACAAAGGCUAUGGCCAUUAGGACACAGGUGUUAGCUAUGAAUAUUGAAAAGAAAACCGUUAGUUAA